AUGAGAGACCCGCUCGCGCUGCUGGCCGUCCUGGCGACGACGCUGGCCCUGCUCUUCCAGAUGCUCGCAGCCCACUAUCAACCUCUCCCUUACAACCCGACCAGUAUCCUGCUGCCGCCCGUUUCCUCGAGAAAUCGGGACCGGGCCUACAUCUUGGGGAAUACGGCGGACACCCCGACGAGCUUUGUAUCACUGAAUAUAUCAGCGACCAUUUCCCCAGACCAUCUCCUCCUCGAUACCAUCUCUCCCGAUCCACCCUUUCAGAGCAAUGGCAGUCAUGCCAUCCUCCCAUCUAUCUCUCCCGCCGGGGACAUCUCGGUCUAUACAGGAUCUUGCUCGGCAUCCCCCAGCGCGGCCCUGUGGCGCUUCACCCCGGACCCGACCAGCAGUGUCGGCAACGGAACCUGGGAGCAGCAAGUCACCGACCCAGGCUCCGACGCGACAGCCGCGGCGCUUCCAGGCGCAUACCUCCUGGCCGCGGCCUUCAGUUUCUCGACGCUGGUCAGCACCAACGCCUCACAGACCAAGAUCUACGUCUUCGGUGGCAUGUGUCCGGCCGAUGCGGCGACGGUGCCAACAUGGCAGUCGGCGGCCUCGUAUUCGAACCAGAUGCUUCUCCUGGACCCCACCGUGUCACCCGCGGCGCCAACGACCUACACCCUGAGACUGCCGACGAACCGAGGGCCACCGAUUGCAGAGGCUGGCUUUACCAUGACGGCAUUGCUGCCGACGACGUCGAGCGGGUCUGGUAUCGCGACGCAGCAGCAGAGCUUCGUGCUCGUGGGGGGGCAUACCCAGACGGCUUUCAUCAACAUGAGCCAGGUGGCCAUCUGGGGCUUGCCGGAGGAGAGUUGGAGCUUUGUGACGGUGGAAUCCCCCAGCACGUCGAACGCCAAUACCGAGCUCGCGAUCAAGAGCACGGAGCCAGCCGUGGACAGUCGAUCUGGGCAUUCGGCCGUCUUGACGGAGGAUGGGACGAAGAUGGUCAUCUUCGGAGGCUGGGUAGGAGACGUGUCGCAGGCUGCCGAGCCACAGCUCGCCGUCCUGAGCCUGGGCCAGGGCUAUGGAGGAUCCGGGGACUGGCAGUGGAUGGUUCCGGACCAGCAGCCUUCUGGGAGUGGGAUUUACGGCCAUGGCGCGGUCAUGCUCCCGGGGAACGUCAUGAUGGUUCUUGGCGGGUACAAUAUUUCUACUUCGGGGAACUCGAAGAGACAGACGUCGUCCAGUGCCCGUGUCCAGUUCUUCAAUGCGACCAGCAUGACUUGGGCCUCGAACUAUACCAACCCUGCAUAUCUGACGGCCAUGGCGAGCGACCCCGCGAAUGGCUCCAGUUCCUCGGAUUCAAACUCGAACGCGUUGAGAAUUGGACUCGGCGCAGGUCUGGGUCUGGGCCUGGCGGCUAUCAUCGGGGCCCUUGUGGUCUGCUUCUGUUACAGCCGACGACACGAGCGCAAGGCUAAAGAGGAACGAGAAAAGAACCUCCGAGAUUUAAGUCUUGGAGCAUCCAACGUCUUUGAAUCCCCCAGAAGCCAGAAUGGCGUGUUCGCAUGGACGGCCAGCCGGUGGAACGGACGGCCGGACAACGGGAGUGCGGGAGACGCGUUGUAUGAUUCGAACAGCGCGGCAGCUGGGUACGAGAACCUGCCCCGCGGAGUCCAUGCAAUGGGGGACGGAUCGCAGGCUCCGCCGGCCCCCUUUCACAUACACCGCAAACCCGUGCGGUCCAGGGCUCGGGGGGUCUACCAACCGACGCCGCAUUUCGACUUCGGCACCGGCAACAAUCAUGGGCGCACGAACAGCCUCGGGACAUCAGGUCCAAUCCAUCCCAUCUACGAAGCGGACGAGGACGAGACGCGCAGCCAUCACGGGGUCGAAGGCGUGGGAAUCGCAAUUAGCGACCCAAACUUCGUACCCGGCCCAGCAGUGCCCGACCGCUUUUCGGACCCCUUCAGAGACCCGCCCCCGGCCAAUUUCUCCACCCCGAUGCGCCGUGGCCGCAGCCUCAGCAGCUCCGACGUAGAAACCCCGGCGCAGCCUCGCCAGCGAGAAGUCCAGGAAUGGUUCUCGGACUGGGCAGCAGCCGACGCUCUUCUCAACUCCCAGGCGCGCAUUCACUCGAACGUGGGGCGAGUCUCGCCGGCACGGAGGGCCCAACUGAUCGCAGCCACCACCGUGUCCUCUGUUUGUGGGGAGGAAGACAAUCGCACAGCGAGCAACCUGAGCGAAGGCACCGAACGGAGCGUCCAGAUCUCCACGGUGUCCAUCUCCCGCUCUGGAUCCUCUUCUCAGGGCCGAUCGAGGUCGGACUCCUUGCGCGGCUUCAUCACGGGUAUGAAUCCUUUCGCUUUGAAUGUAGCCACUUCGACCACGCACGUGGGCCCUGGUACGCUCCCGCAAAGCUCAGGGAGCGGCUCUACAAAUAGCUUUAACACCGCACAAACCAGCUUUCCCACUCUGCAAGCAGAGGGUGAGGCGCUGCUCCCGAGACCGGGCGGCGAGGGGUUGCUCUCGGGCGAAUCCUCGCCAACUCGUCACCAGAAGGAGUAUCUCCUCUCGGGAUCAGGCAGCCCGUCGAAAUCCAAACCCUCUGCCUUCCUCUUGGGCAAGGGUCGCGCAGGCUGGUUCGGUAGCUUGCGGCGGGUGUUUACCCCCGUGGACGCGGUGGAACGCAAUCCCCACGCGCCGAUAUAUAGAGACCACAGCCCGACGCGGGUCGAUCUCUCGCCCCGCCGCACCGUCUCGGCCAGCGCGGCGCUGUGGCGGCGGAAACAGGGCAAGGGGGACUGGGAGGACUCGGCGGACAUCAACCCACGCUCGAACACCUUCACGAGCUCCUCUGGCAUCGGCGAGGAAAAGCCGCAGUUUCUGCGACAGUACACGGACCGCGAGGAGGACGACGAGGACUGGGACGUGGAGCGCGCGGCGGAGAACCGCGUCGUGCAGGUCAUGUUCACGGUGCCGAAGGAGCGGCUGCGGGUCGUCAACUGCUCGGAGGGGGAUCUGGACGAGGGGGGGAGCUCGGUGGGGGGGAGUGUGCGGAGCCGGAAGAGUCUGCGGAAACGCGCGAGCAUGCGGGCCCUCCUGGGGAAUCUUAGCUCGGCCAAGCCGGAGCGUGAUGGCGGGGAGGGGGAGGGGGAGGGGGAGGGCGAUGCGUUGUUGUUUGAUUGCGAAGCAGAAGAGCAGAAGGAAAAGGAGGAGGAAAGGGAGGAGGAGGAGGAAAAGGAGGAUGAGGAGGAGGAAGCUACGAAAAGCCUCGGCCUUGAUAAAGGCAAGGGCAAGGAAAAAGACAUGGAAGUCGAGAAGGAAAAACUGCUCCCCGCUGCUGCUGCCGCUGCCGCUGCCAGGGACGAGAGUCCCGAAACGCCGUCGAGGAAGCUAAAGGGCAAGGUGCUUGAUAUCGUCGAGCAGAUUGAGCGGCACAGUAGUCCAGAACGGAGCCCUGAUCGGAGUCCGCAACGGGGGGUCUGA